AUGCCAGGUUUUCGAGGAAUUCAGCGUCCAUAUGAUUUGAAGUAUAUGAGAUAUCUUCGUGUAGCACUGAUGAUUAUUGGAGCGUGGCCAGGAAAGGAUUUAGGGGAAGGCGAGCGAUUUCGACUCGUGUAUAAAUUUUGGAACUUUGUCAUUUGUUUCCACAACUUGAUCGCUGGCGCGGUUUAUUUAUGGAACAAUAUGAGGGAUAUCGCCUUUUACGAAGUGGUCGAAACUUUAUUAACCGUUCUCAUGAUCGGCGUGUGUGUCCACGACAUAUUGAUCACUGACUUCAUUGUGGACAUCCAUCUGUUUCGUCAUAGCAACGUGUCUGAAUAUUUGUGCCAUUUCUUCACUUUAUACACAUAUGUGUUCGUGGUCUUUCUCUUUACUUUUUCCAAUUUGAUCCUCAUCUUGAACAACAUAUCCAAGGGUGGUUUCAGCCGACAACCACCCCCCAACAAGACGUAUGAACACUCCGUCUAUUACCAGCUGCCCUUCGACUACCAACAUAAUUUUAACGGCUUCAUGUUCGUAUUCAUUUUCAACUGUGCGUCAACUGUGUGUACGUCUGCACCUUGUGUAUAG